AUGGCAUACACAAAGAGCUCGGCCCCUGCCCCGGUUCGUGUGCCUACGAUACGCAACGGCGAGGAUGUCAGUCCGCAAUCAAGCCAGCCUGGGUCAGCCGCGUAUAUGCCAUCGGAAGCUUCCUCAGUAUUUGCAACCUUUACGCCGGCGACAGAGUCGGAUGUAUCUGCAGCAAUCGAAGCGGCCCUAAAGGCCAAACAGGCAUGGCAGGACACGCCCUUUGUGGAUCGAGCAGCAGUCUUCUUGAGGGCAGCCGAACUGGUGGCAGGUAAGUACCGAUUCGAGCUCAUGGCGGCGACUAUGCUGGGACAGGGCAAGAAUGCGUGGCAGGCAGAGAUCGACGCUGCCGCGGAGCUGGCCGAUUUCUAUCGUUUCAAUGUUUCGUACGCCGAGGAGAUUUAUUCCAGGCAACCUACCCUGAAUGAGCGCGGGCAAGCAGGGCGAACUGACUGGCGUCCACUGGAGGGCUUCGUCUAUGCGAUUUCCCCGUUCAAUUUCACCGCCAUUGGAGGAAACCUGAUAUCUGGACCGGCUCUUCUUGGAAAUGUAGUUCUAUGGAAGCCUUCUCCUUCCAACAUCUACGCAAGCUAUCUGGUUUACAAGAUCUUGCGCGAAGCCGGGCUUCCGCCGAAUGUCAUUCAAUUCAUCAACGGCGACGCUGAGCUUGUCACCAAAGUUGCACUUGCGCGCCCUGAACUUUCUGCCAUCAACUUUACAGGUUCUUCAGACGUCUUCCGCAGUUUAUACGGCAAAAUCGCAGAUGGGGUGAGGGAAAAGAAAUACCGAGACUUUCCCAGUCUCGUCGCAGAGACUUCGGGGAAGAACUUCCACCUCGUUCACAGCUCUGCGGAUGUCAGCAACGCCGUCAAACACACCAUUCGAGCUUCAUUUGAGUAUGCGGGUCAAAAGUGUUCAGCGUGCUCGCGCAUUCACAUCGCCGAGAGCCGUGCUGAACAGUUCUUUUCCGAGAUGAAGCAGGAGCUUAGCAAGGUCGAAGUGGGAGCGCCCGAGGAUUUCAAACCCUUCACGGGACCUGUCAUCAAUCAAGCCGCGUUUGAUAAGAUCACCAAAGCUAUCGACGAGUCCAACAAGGACAGUCGACUCGAGCUUGUUGUUGGAGGCAAAUACGACGGCAGUAAGGGAUAUUUCAUCGAACCUACCAUCUACUCUGCCAAAGAGGUGGAUCAUCCUCUUUUUGAUCGAGAGCUCUUCGGUCCUGUUCUCGUUGCUCAUAUCUAUCCUGAUGCCGAGUUCGACCAGAUCUUGACCAAGAUUGACCAGCAAGGGGGCGGGUUUGCACUCACUGGAUCUAUCUUUGCUACCGACCCAGCGGCGAUCCGGAAAGCGGAAGUUCGACUCCGAUACGCUGCGGGCAACUUCUACACAAAUUGCAAGACGACCGGUGCUGUCAUCGGUCAACAAUCUUUCGGCGGAGCCAGGGGAAGUGGCACCAAUGACAAGGCGGGCAGCGCAAAUAUGCUGAUGCGGUUCACGGCCCCUCGCACACUGAAGGAGGAGUACAAUCAUCUUGACAGUGUGCUCUAUCCAAGCAAUGCCUGAAGUUUCUUUCACUGCACUGUCGGGAAUCGAGAGUGGGACAUUGAUAAAACUCUAGAGUCUGAGAAGUCUAGGAAGACUUGUAAAGCCUUGACGAUAGCG